UUGUUUAUUUUUCCAUUUUUUAAGAAAAAAAAAGAAGAAAAACUUCAAAUUUAUUGUAUCUAUUGCAACUAAACAGUUUCUUUUUUUGUUUCAAAUAAUUAUUUAAUGUUAUAUAUUAUUCGUUUAGUGCUAUUAAAGUAAAAACCUAUCAUAUUUCAAUUUUGAGGUUAACUGUCACUUAAUCAAUAUUGUUUUGAAAAAUAUUGUCCUGGUUUUUGAUAUCGAUGCUCGCUUAUCGAUUGCAGUUGUUACGGUACUGGGUCUGAAGGAGCGAAAAAGAACGAUGGAAACGAGUAAGCUAGCAGAGCACAGCAGCAGCAGGCAAACAGAAUGUUAGUCUAGUCCGUCCGCCAGUGCACGCCAGUCCGCGACCGUAAGCGUGUUGUUCCGGAUUAGUUAGCACGUCAUUCUCCGUUUGCUUUUUAGUUCUAAUUGAAAAAUUUUAAACAAACAAAAACAAACUAGUGCUUCAAAAAUUCAUUCCUUUAAUUUAUACACAAAAACACCAAAUUUCUACCAAAAAAGAGGAAAACAAGAAAUUGGUAUCAAAAAAGAAGUGAAUGUUCUAAUUUACUCCAAUAUCACAAUUUCACAACUGUCGAUGAUUAUCAAAAACAAAUCCAAUUGGCUCAUUGUAAGGAGGAAAAAAAUCAAAAAAUUAGUGAAUUAAAAUUUGAAAAAGUGGAAAAAAAAAUAUAUAUAUAUAUAUGUGCAUCGCUUUCGCUGGUUGAGGCGUCUUGAAAACCCGUACCCAACCCGUCGCUCAGGCAAGCAAGCAGGCGGACACGCACACUACUCACGCACUCUCGAAGCCCUCAUUCCGUCUGUUCAGUUUCCUCACCCCGCCCCUUUUUUUUUUUUCACCAACUUGAAAAACUCACGAUUAUGAAUGUCUAAAAAAAGUCAUCCCCAAGAAGUAUGGAAGAGGGCCAACUGAUGACAGAACUUCCGGCGAUAACGCCGAAUCGAGGCGCAACAUUGAUAAAUCGUUCUGGACAUUGUUAUCAACUUCAUCGUCCUCAUUUAGUACCAUAUAAUAAUAAAGAAAAAAAAUCACCCGACGACGAUCUUACAGAAGAGGAAGAGGAGGCCGCAAACGCGGUCACAACAAAAACGGUCGUGGCAACGACGAAUCAACGUCAGGAUAGCGGUGCUAUCUUGAUAACAACAAAAAGAACAGCGCCAACAAAUUUAUAUACACAAAUUGAUAAUAAUGGACCAUCAUUAAAAAAAGCACGUAUACAAUUACAAUCGCCAAUAAUAACAAGUACACAUGUCUCAAAUUUAUAUCCAGAAAUAUUAGCACAUAUAUUUAGUUAUCUUGAUGUACGUGAUCGUGGUCGUGCAUCACAAGUUUGUCUAUCAUGGAGGGAUGCAGCGUAUCAUCGUUCUGUAUGGCGAGGGGUUGAAGCACGAUUACACCUGCGACGACAAGCACCGGCUCUCUUUUCAAGUUUAGUGCGAAGGGGCAUUAAGAGGGUGCAAGUGCUCUCAUUGAAAAAGGGAUUGGGCGAAGUAUUUAAGGGUAUGCCAAAUUUAGAGGCACUCAAUUUAUCUGGUUGUUAUAAUGUCACGGAUUCUGGUUUAUUGAGUGCAUUAUCACAAGAAUUUCCUGCAUUAACUGAAUUAAAUUUAUCAUUAUGUAAACAAGUGACUGAUACAUCAGUGAAUCGAAUAGCGCAAUAUUUGAAAAAUUUAGAACAUCUUGAAUUAGGUGGUUGUGGUAAUAUUACAAAUACAGGAUUAAUGUUAAUUGCAUGGGGUUUAAAAAAAUUGAAAAAAUUAGAUUUAAGAAGCUGUUGGCAUAUAUCGGAUCAGGGAAUUGCAAAUCUUGCACAAUUAAAUAUACCACUUGAACAUUUAGGUUUGCAAGAUUGUCAAAAAUUAAGUGACGAAUCAUUGCGUUAUGUUUCAAAUGGUUUGGGUAAAACAUUAAAAUCAAUAAAUUUAUCAUUCUCAUGUAUUACUGAUUCGGGUCUUAAGCAUUUGGCAAAAAUGAGUGAAUUACAAGAACUUGAUUUAAGAUCGUGUGAUAAUAUAUCGGAAAUUGGAAUGGCAUAUUUGGCUGAGGGCGGUAGUAGAAUAUCAUCAUUGGACGUUUCAUUUUGUGAGAAAAUUGGUGAUCAAGCGCUUGUUCAUAUUUCACAGGGUUUAUUUAAUUUAAAAUCAUUAUCAUUAUCGGCGUGUCAAGUUAGUGAUGAGGGUAUAUGUAAGAUAGCCAAGUCACUACAGGAUCUUGAGACACUUAAUAUUGGACAGUGUAGUAAACUAACGGACAAAGGACUGCAUACGAUUGCAGAUAGUAUGAAACAUUUAAAGUGCAUCGAUCUGUAUGGAUGCACGAGGAUCACGACCCACGGCCUGGAAAGAAUAAUGAAGCUACCACAACUCAACACGCUAAAUCUAGGACUGUGGCAUGUACGGUGAUAGUGGUUUCCAAAAGGGGGCGACUCAAAAAAAAGAAAAAAAGGAAAAAAACAAAAAGAGAGAGAGAAUGAUUCCAUUACAUCCGGUGUCGCAGAUGAUCUCAUUGUCAGCAUGUUGUUUUUGAAAGAUGACGAUCAACGUCAUCAUUUUCUCGUGAUAAUCUAGAAGAAGAAGAAGAAGAAAGAAAAAAAAACAGAAGAAUAAGAAAGAUGAAGAAGGAAUCGUUAUUUUUCUGAGAAAAUAAAAGAAAGCAGAGGGGGGGGGGGUCAAGAAAAUUUAGCCACAUGUAUUUUCAAUAUUAAAGACUAAAACCGAAAUCGAAAAAUAUUUUUUCUUUCAGUUUCAGUUGUAGUCUUUAAUUAAAAAAAAAACAAAAAAAAAUUAACAAAUUUCUUUGUAAUAAAUUUUCUUCGAUAAUUCAUUGAAUUUUCACAUAUUCUGCGCCUUUAUCUACAAUGGCAAUUUUCUCUGGUUAGAAAAAUUUUUUUUUUUCUUUUUCCCAAUUCCGAACAAAAAAUAAACUAAUAUCUUGUGUACAAAACAAGUUUUAAAAAAUUUAAUUCCUAUAUUGUAACGAUAAAAUUAGUAAAAAAAAACAGAAACAUUUGUUCAUAAUGUAAAAUUGUAAAGCAUUUCAAUUUUUUUUUAUAUGCAAAAAAUAGUUUCGACAAAUUUGUACUUAUUUUUAAAUUUUUUUUUUCUUUUUUUUUAUAUGAAUUAAUUUUACGUGCGCGCAUAUUUUUGUAAAUACGAAAUUUUUCCGAGUUGUUUCAAUAAAAAAAAAAAAAAGAAAGAAACUUCUCACAAAAGUGUGCAGAAAUGCUUCAUUGUAAAUAAUAAGAAAAAUCUGCAUUUUUGCCUCUUUUUUUUAUUAUUAUUAUUAUUAAUA